AUGGGUCACUACAUCCCAAAGAGGCGCUUGCCAGCGUUGCAUGCUUACAAAUACUCGGGACAAGAUGACAGCUGGAUUUCUGCAAACCUUCUGUCUCCCUGGUGGAACUGGCUGGUACAGCAGUUCCCCCUCUGGGUUGCCCCGAAUACAAUCACGCUCUCUGGUCUGGCACUCGUAGGCAUCAACUUCGCGUCGCUUCUCAUCAUUGAUGGAGGCAUGGACUGCGGUACGAGCGCUAGCUUGGACCCCCGUCGGCGGACGGAGAACCUCAAUGCGAGCGGAGACAAGUGGGCGAGCGUCAGCCUCUUUGAGCACUGGGGAUUUCCCGAGAGUAUGAAAGAGCAUACUUUCAGCCAAGUGCGAUGCAUACCACCUUGGGUCUUUCUCAGGUGAGUCAAGAUGCCAGAAUGUGCCAGCUGCCGCAGAUCUCUCGUUCGGACGGAAGGCUGAUAGGGUAAAUCUGGUACCAGCUGGUCGAUCGGUCUGUUCCUCUACCAGUCCCUCGAUGCCAUCGACGGCAAGCAAGCGCGCAGAACGGGCAUGGCGGGGCCAUUGGGAGAGAUGUUCGAUCAUGGUUGUGAUGCCAUCAACACCACGCUAGAGAGCCUGCUUUGCUGCGCAGCUCUCAACGUAGGAAGGAGCUACUGGGCGCUCGCAUCUGUCGUAGCAACUCUCUCCAACUUCUAUCUGACCACUUGGGAAGAGUACCACACCGGUACACUCUACUUGUCUGCGUUCAGCGGUCCUGUGGAAGGUAUACUGAUGAUCUGCGUCAUCUACCUCAUUACGGCCAUCGUGCCAGGCGGCGCCAACUUUUGGAACAGGGGCAUCUUCAGCCUGAGCGGCAUCGAAAGUUUGGACGUCCCAGCUCUUGCACAUUUGGCGGCGUGGAACAUCAAGGCCAACGAAGCCUUCCUUUCAUUUGGAGCGACAGCUCUCGGCUUCAACAUCCUCGCAAGCUACGGCAACGUCCGCAAAGCGAGGGCCGCCAAAGGUCUGUCUACCGUCACACCGCUCACCGGCCUGCUCCCGCUCCUGGCUCAAAAUGUCGUCAUGGUCGCGUGGGCGCUUGGAAAUCACGGUCAAUUGCUGAAAGACGGCAGCGUCUUUGUACCUUUUAUAUCGACCUGGGGCCUUGGCUUUGCCUACUCUGUAGGCUUGCUCAUCGUCGCCCACGUCACCAAGGCACCUUUCCCAUAUUGGAACAUUGCGACUCUGUUCGGGCUUGUGGGUGCGGUUGACGCGUGGUUACCUACGUGAGUGAAGCGACCAGCAAAGCGAGGAUGCUCCUGCCUCGACAAAGCCCUUACGAUCGCACUCUUUGUGUGCAGACCUAUCCUUCAAUCGUCGCCGCAGCGGGUGCAGGUCACAGUGUUCAGCUCGCUUGUCCUUGCAGCAGCAUUCUAUUUGCAUUUUUGUUACGAUGUCAUCACCACCAUUACGGUAGAGAGUGAGUAAUACGUCGACUUGAGAGAGGCUUUGUCUGAUUGCUCUCCUGCCUCCGUGCACACGCUGCCUUGCCCUGCGUAACGCUCUCUUUAGCUGGAAAGGUGAGUCGGCACCCCAGAGAUGGGCUUCGGUAAUCGAGAUUUUGCAUCACUCAUUACUAACUGCCUUUUACAUCUCUUUCUUGGGACUUCCGCAGCCAUGCUUUCAAGUUGUACCACCGGAGCAGCAGAAGCCGAAGAAUGAGGGGAAAGAGCUGUCCAAGAAGCAGUAG